UACACGGACAUAACUAAUUCUAUAAGGAUCGAAGGAGAAACUCUCCGACAGGUUUUCUCAAAAGUGGUAUACACUCACAAAACGGAAGGGUCCAUACUUGACAAUCAAAUAAAGUUCCCCUCGUCUGCCUUGCGCCAACUUGAUUCACUCGUUCACGCAAAUUUCUUUCGGGUUGGGUUAUGUAAAAGACCUUCCUAUUUUUUACGGCCCACCCAGCAAGAAAAAUCCGGGAUCACGUUCCGUUCCGAGGUGCGACGUAGAUUUUUAUGUAUAACUUAGUCACGGCACCGCAUUCUUUUAUCUGGUACCUUCUUUUUAUAUCGUUUUACCAUGGCCAACAAUACUAAAUUUGUUGCAGUGACCCACGCAAAACAUCACGAUUUACAAGCACUGACACCGGUUCACUUGCCAUGUCCACAGACUGGCCGAUCCGCUUUAUAUUUUCAUGACGACGACGAUCAGUCCAUUUAUGAAGCGCAAAAGGUGACAGGCGUUGGACGCAAAACCUCUUGGCUCAUUGAUGAGAUGUUAUACAAAGACGGUUCCAUACGCCAUAUCACGCACGUCGAUCCGCUAUUUAUUACAUUGCCUAUUCUCGAAAACGCGCGAAAACAGUCAGGAGACAAGUUCAGGACGCUGGAUGAUAUAUUCAGUAGUGGUAGCAACAACAACAACAACAACGACAACGACGACAGCGAUAAUGAUAAUGAAAACAACUCGAUAACGUAUUUACUACGCUUGAAAGGACUGCAGCAGCAGUUAUUACAUUUGUGUGACACCAAAGAAAUUGCGACAGAUAUGCAUGUGUAUCGUCUGAAUGAUGAAAAGGCUUUGGCCUGGUUACAGAAAAAAGUGGAUCAACUGGUUCCCAAGUUUGCCUCCAUUCCGCUUUUACAAAGUACAAUCGCAGAGGAACUGGAAAAGGCAGCGACGGAUAAAGAAAACCAAGAUAUAUACCGACAAGAAGCUGUGUAUCUGUUAUCCAAAUACCUGAGCGAGUCUUGGUUCAAGUCUCUAUUGAAGCAUUUAGAGUAAGUCGAUGUUCAUACACACAGCAAAAAACAUACAAGAAGAGAAAAAGAAAACAUCUAUCGCUCUCUCCUCUUACCGUGUUUCUUUUGACGUACGACAGAUUGAAGGAAAUUGAAGUGGAGCAGGAAAUGGGAGAUAUCACAAACUAUUUCACCGGAUCUACAAGCACCUAUUUCAAAGCUGCACAAACAUCUGCUGCUGUCACGGCUUCAGACGUUGCUUCUGAUACAUCCCCAUUGA